AUGCCAAUCAACAAUCAGAGCUCACUGAAUGGUUUCAUCUUACUGGGCUUCUCUAACCAGCCCUGGCUUGAAACACCACUCUUUGUAAUCUUUCUGGUGGCUUACAUCUUUGCCCUAUUUGGAAAUAUUUCCAUUAUUUUAGUUUGCCGCCUAGAUCCUCAGCUUGACAGUCCCAUGUACUUUUUUGUAUCAAAUCUAUCCCUUCUGGAUCUCUGCUAUACCACCAGCACUGUUCCACAAAUGCUAGUCAACCUCAGAGGACCAGAAAAGACCAUUAGCUAUGGUGGCUGCAUUGCACAACUCUAUAUAUUCUUGGCCUUGGGUUCCACUGAGUGCAUACUUCUAGCCAUUAUGGCCUUUGACCGUUAUGCUGCUAUUUGCAAACCCCUUCACUACCCAAUCAUCAUGAACCACAAACGUUGUAUCCACAUGGCCACUGGGACCUGGAUUAGUGGUUUUGCUAACUCUCUUGUACAGUCUACUCUUACAGUGGUGGCCCCAAGAUGUGGACGGAGGGUGAUGGAUCAUUUCUUCUGUGAAGUUCCUGCCCUUUUGAAGCUAGCCUGUACAGAUACUCGUGUGAAUGAGGCUGAGCUCAAUGUUCUAGGAGCUUUGCUGCUCCUGGUGCCUCUCACCCUCAUCAUGGGCACUUACAUCUUUAUUGCUCGGGCAGUAAUGAAAAUUCGUUCUGCCGAAAGUCGGUGGAAAGCAUUUAAUACAUGUGUUUCACAUUUGCUGGUGGUGUCCCUCUUCUAUUUUACAGCAAUCAGUAUGUAUGUCCAGCCUCCCUCUAGUUAUUCCCAUGACAGAGGGAAGAUCAUGGCUCUCUUCUAUGGAAUUGUCACACCUACCCUCAACCCAUUUAUUUAUACACUGAGGAACAAGGAUGUGAAAGUUGCCCUUCAAAGAGCACUGACCAAAGAGUUUUGGGUCAAGAUAAGAUGA